CAUGCGCCUCUGACGUCACCGAGAGGGAGCGAAGUUCGUCUGCCGUCCCGUCGAGUUGCAGGCUGGAGAUUUUACUGUAAACAUUCUAGUUCCUUACUACCUGCUGCGGAAACAGAAUUUACCUCUAACAUCCAUGGCGUUCUUCACGCCACCCGAAGUGCUGCUUAGACCAUUUGUGAGGGCAUUGUCCAAUAGUGGGAUCCAACACAACAAGCCAGUGAUUCAAAGCUGCACAACACAAGACACAAGAUGCUAUCGUUCUGCAGUGUGUACAACAAUUGGGCAGCCACUGAAGAUACAAAAUGCACCUUUGCCAGAUGUACCUGCAGGCAAAGUGCUUGUUUCAACAUUUGCUGCUGGCAUCAACUUUGCAGAUCUCUUAAUAACACAGGGAAAAUAUCAAAUACGUCCUGAAACGCCAUUUGUUCCAGGGUGCGAGCUUGCAGGGAGAGUAGAGAAACUUGGCAAAGAAGUCGAAGGUUUCAAGAAGGGUGAUCGUGUGAUUGCACUCUCCUGGGGAAUGAAUGCUUUUGCUGACUUCUGUUUGGUAGACCCCCAUAUGAUGUUCCCCAUUCCAGAACACAUUCCUUUUACUGUGGCAGCUGGAACACUUUGCUCCUAUGGAACUGCCAUGAUGGCUUUGUCACGUUCAGCAUGCCUGAAAACAGGGGAAACUGUUUUAGUGACUGCAGCAGCAGGGGCUACAGGACUUGCAGCUGUUGACAUUGCACUCAAUGUUUUUGGCGCUGAGGUAAUUGGUGUUUGUGGUGGGGAGGACAAAGUGGCACUACUCAAACAGAGAGGAGUGAAGCAUAUCAUAGAUUAUUAUACUGCGAAAAUUCCAGACCGAGUGAAAGCAAUCACAAAUGGCAAAGGAGUCAAUGUCGUGGUGGACCAUGUAGGUGGUGACAUUUUCAUGGACUGCUUAAAAAGCACUGCAUUUGAAGGGCGAAUUGUAACUGUUGGCUAUGCAUCAGGUCACAUCCCUAAACUUCCCAUCAAUCAUCUUCUGCUCAAGUCCUGCAGUGUCCAUGGUGUGUGGUGGGGGGAUUACAGCACACGGCAGCAUCCAGCCUUCGAUGAGUCCAUUGUAAAUGUCAUGACAGCAUUGGCUCAAGACAGACUUCAUCCUUAUGUUGGCAAGAUCUUUCCUCUUGAGGAGAUAAACACAGCGUUUGAUUACAUCCUGAACCGCAAGUCUUCUGGAAAGGUGGUUGUUCAGAUGAAAGAAGUUUAAAACAAUCUUCUCUUGAUGUAUUGGCAAGCAUUGACUGGAAAUGACAAGAAGCAUUUACUUACUUAUUGUGAUUGCAGUGAGCUUACGGCAGAACAGAUUUCAAAUAAAUUAUCUGCUACACUAUGACGUGUAAAUCGCUGACCUGAAUCAGUGGAUGCAAUUCCGCUGGUUGCAUGAUUUUCACUGAUUGGGAGGGAACAUCUCACAGGAUUGUGGGUGGAUAAAGAAAAUUGUUUCUUUGCUGGCUGCUUGCAUAAUUAUUGCUGGAAAAGACUUUACUAUAAUCCAAAUGUUGGGGAAAAAAAAGCUGAGAGUUCUGACUUGCUAGCUAAAACCAUUAAAUGGUGGUGAAGUGGUGAAGCAGGUUGAGUAUAUGUAACCACCUCCCCUGCCUGCCAUUCUGAGUAGGAAGUGGAGCUGUGAAAUGAUCCACCCUAGAAUUUGCAACCUACAUUACCUGCAGUGGUUCAGUCCUUAGGAGAACUUUGCUUUAAUACAUUGCCAUUUUAGACAUUGUGUUUUCAACAGUUUCUCAAUGUUCUUGGAAGUAAACAUUUGCUAUUGCUUGUUUCAAAUCCCUAGAAUGAAAGCUUUCCUUACAAAUACAUUACCAUUUUAAAUAUAAAAAGUUAUGUAUUAAAUACAAUUUUAUAUUUUUUCACUUGUCGCGUGUCUUUAUGCCACCAAGGUAAAAAAUGAAUUGCUGUAUAUGCUGGACAGUAAAUGUUUUGAUUGCUAAUAACAUUGUCACUUUUUCACAA